AUGUCUACAGCGGAGCUUUUCUAUCAUAAGCCUCUGCCCCUCUCCGCUGUUAGGUAUAAUCUACGGGCUAUUUCUGCUUUCGGAAUUUUUGGCUUUGCAAAUACCGUUCUGCCUCAUAUCAUUUUCUCUGGUCUUUAUCUCAUUAUCCCAUUUCCUCGGCCUAUUGUAUUGGUUAUAGAACUUCUUCCGGCUCUCGCCAUUGAGCUCCUCUUCCCGCAUGCCUUGCAUUAUGUACCGCACUGGGCUUGUCCAGUUUUUGUUGCAAAUUGUUGGAUCUUGGCUACAAUUACCACCAAUGCCUCGCCUCCGAAUGUUGUAGCACCUAUCCGCAUCCUAAUUGCGAUACUUGCAUCAGCAAGCACCGCAGCUGGAAAAGUUUUCUUCUCGAGCCAGUUAUCUCUUUAUGGCAAGACGGCUUUGGCGGGAUGGGGAACAGGAAUCGCAGCUGGGAGUGCACUACGCGACAUACUUCCAACACUAUUAACGCUUUAUACAAAUAUGGUGUUGCGAGACUGCAUAAAAUAUACCUACUGCUUGCUUUUGGCUACAGUAGCGGCGUACUUUCUGAUAUUGCCUUCACCUCUAAUACAAUACGAAUUAGAGAACUUGGCAGCUGAAGGUGAAUUAACGCCUGAGAUUGAAGAGCAGAAGCUCUCACUUCUCUCUGAAGAAAUACCUUCCUCAGAUAUGAGCUUUGGGGUACGCUUCAAUCGGAAUAUGCAUCUCCUGGGCAGCAAGCUCUUUCGACUCUGUAUAAACCCUCUUCUCCUUGUUACCGCAGUACAGGUCCUUGUGUCUCCUGGCACAACUCGUGCUAGCGCUAUGCUACCGAUAUUUCCACGAUAUUCAGCAUUUUCAGCUGCACAUGACUUUGCGUUCCAGUAUGGGAAUCUAUUAGCUCGCUCAACCGCUCUUCUAUUUCGCACCAGGAGAUUAAGACUCAUCUUUGCCUUAUUGGUAUUUUGCACUACCGCUGCAAUUCUCAAUACAGCAUUCCUUUUGACUUCAAAUGCAUAUUUCUUGUUUGGUGUUCUAUUUACCAUCGGUUGGCUGGGCGGAAUGAUGUAUAUGGGCAUAUUUGGAGCAGCUAUGGAAUAUCUGGGUCGGAAUCCGGAGGCUGAUGCCGAAUUCGCUCUCGGGAGCAUUGGAAUCGGAGAGACAGCGGGAAUUUUGAUAGGAUCUCUCGCUGGUGUCACCUUUGAUACACAGCUUUGUGUGCUGGCGAAACGAAGUGGCCGAUGGUGUUCCACCCUUCCGUAA